GAUGCACUGACAUAUGAUGAUGUCCACAUUAACUUCACUCCAGAAGAAUGGGCUUUGCUGGAUCCUUCCCAGAAGACUCUCUACACAGAUGUGAUGCUGGAGACCUACAGGAACCUCACUGCUAUAGGCAUAAAGGAAGUGUUGCCAGAGAGAAACCCUAUGAAUAUAUUCAAUGUGAUAAAGCCUCUACAGUUCACAGUGAUCUUCAAAGGCCUGAAAGUAUUCAUUCUGGAGAGAAACACUAUGAAUGUAAUGAAUGUGGUAAAGCCUUUUUACAACCCUGGAAUCUCCGAAAGCAUAAAAGAACACAUUCUGGAGAGAAACCCUAUGAAUGUAAUCAAUGUGGUAAAGCCUUUUCACAACACAGUCAUCUCCAAAACCAUAAAAGGACACAUUCUGGAGAGAAACCCUAUGAAUGUA